AUGCAAAAUAUUUAAAAUUAAGAAGAACAACAAUUAACCAACUAAGAGCCUGGCAAAUAUGAAUUCUAGUAUUUUUCUAUCUUAGAAAAAGAGGUUUGGUGUUCACAAGAAUUAAGUGGGUUUAAAGUUAUAACAAUAACUAAAUGUAAACGGAGGUGAUGUAUUUUCUUUAAGAUACGAUCAAGAUGAUUAAUAUCUUGCUGUAGGGAUGUCAGAAGGAUUGAUUCAUCUUUAUAACUAAAGUAUAUGGAUGAUUUUAUAAAAAUAGAUUAAUUUACACAUACCCUUGAAUAAUUCUAAACUCCUGUAACUGCUUUAAGAUGGAGACCAAAUUAAAGGUUCAAGGCAAAGGGGAUAUUGAUAUCGGCGAAUGCAGAGGGACACAUAAUUCAUUGGCAUGCACAAUCAGGGAAACAAAUACACAAAAUUGUAGAAGAGAAUAACAGUGUUUUAUGUUUGGACUUUAAUUUUGAUGGAAGUUUGUUUGCAACUGGAGGCAAGGACUUUUGUGUUAGAAUCUAUGAUGAUGACAUAAAAAGUGUGUAGCAUCAAUUUUAAUAAGCUGAUUGGUAUCCUUUAUUCAAAACAUUAGGGGUUAGAAGGGUCAUGCAAAUAGAGUGUUUGCAGUAAAAUUCAUACCAGAUUAACCUAAUAUUCUUAUAUCAGGGGGAUGGGAUGCAAAUAUUUUGAUUUGGGAUAUAAGAGACAAGCAAUGUGUAGGUCAAUUUUAUGGGCCAUCAUUAUCUGGAGAUUCCCUUGAUUUCUCAGUUAAUAGAUAAUUGAUAUUAACUGGAUCACAUAGAACAGAAAAUUAAGUAUAAUUGUGGGAUUGGAGAACAAGAAAACUUUAUUAAGAAAUCUUUUGGACUGGAUCUUAAUCAGAUGACAAUAGAUCUUAUUAUAUAUAUGCAACUUAGUUUAAGUAAUUUUUCAUAUCAAGUUAGUAAAGCAAAUGAAGACUAUAUUUAUGCUGGUAGUUCAGGAGUCCAUGAAAUCAAACUUUUUAGUUUGAAAGAUGGUCAAGCAAAGGCUUCUAUUCUGGGAUUACCAAAAGGCAUUCUAAGCAUUGAUUAAAUGAAUACAACUGAUUCUAUUGUGUUUAGUGGGAUAGAAGGAAUAGUAAAUAUUCUUAAGGCAUGA